UUCAUCGCAGCAGCAGCAACCGGUGCAGUAGCUGCUGCGGGCGGGUGUGGAGGGUGACAAACAUGGCUCUUUCCGGAAAUAAAUAACGGGACUGGUGAAAGAUAACAUCCUAACUCAGGUGGAGGUCACAAAAAAGCGAAGAGGGAGUGAAGAAACUUCAAGUCGGUGUCACACGGGCUUCUGUGUUGAUGUAUUUGGACGCGAAUACCUGCCGAAAAAUAGUCCCGCUGUCCUGCAUUGAAGACCCCCUCUGGUCCUGUUUGACCUCCUGACACUGAGAGGAUGGUGAUGGCGGAAGGAGCCCAGAGAGACGGAGGGAGGGCAGCGCCAAGAACGGAGGGGAGGCAGAUAUUUGUGGAGCUCGGGGAACAGAACUUUGAUUCCAUUUGUCUCUCUACAUAUCGCACCGCCUGCAAGCUCAGAUUUAUUCAGAAAAGAUGCAACUUGCAUUUAAUUGACAUUUACAACGUGAUCGAGGCGGUGCGGGACGCCGGGCUCAACGCCGUAGAGCUCAACGCCGGGAUCUCCGUUACCAGACUGGAGAACCUGGUUUCCUCCCUGUUCAACCAGCUCAGCAAGCGCCUUCCCACCACACACAUCAUCAACCCGCAGGAGAGCACCGUCCUCCUCGUCGAGUUCAUACUGGCCGCCGUUGACUGUGAGCCAGAAAGCCGUCUGACCGUUCUGUCUGUUAAAGCGAUGCUCUCUAUACUUUGUGGAGGGAAACUGGUGGACAAACUGCGAUAUGUGUUUUCUCAGGUUUCUGACUCCAAGGGAGUCAUGGUUCUGUCCAAGUUUGACAGUUUUCUAAGAGAGGCUCUCAAGCUGCCCACUGCUCUGCAUGAAGGACCGUCCUUCGGAUACACACACACUGUGGCUCGCUCCUGUUUCCCACAGCAGAAACGGGUGAUGCUCAACAUGUUCCUGGACAUCAUGGCUGAGCCUCCGGAGUGUCUGGUCUGGCUGCCGCUGAUGCACCGCAUGGCCAACGUGGAGCAAGUCUAUCAUCCGGUUUCCUGCUCCUAUUGCCGUAGCAACGGGAUUACUGGCUUCCGCUACCGCUGCCUCCGUUGCCGCGGUUACCAGCUGUGCCAGAACUGCUUCUGGCGUGGAAAUGCCAGCGGCUCUCACASCAACCAGCACCAGAUGAAGGAGCACUCCUCCUGGAAAUCUUCUGCGAAGAAGUUUGGUCGCGCCCUGAGCCGGACGCUGGGCUGCGUGUCGUCAAGGGAACCGCCCCACCCGAUUUACCCCGAGGAGCCCGAGCGGACCCUUAACCUCACCAACAUCGUCCCCUCCAGACCGAUUGGGAACACCAAUGAGGCCAUGUUGCUGUCUUCAGCGGUACCAGAGUCGUCCAAGAGCUUGGCAGCAGCUCAGAGGAUGAACGAGGAACACGCUCUGAUUGCAGCGUAUGUGAAUCGACUGCAGAGCGGCCCCUGUGGCGUCGACAGUCCCGGCAGGCAGGAUGAGGAGCACAAACUUAUCGCUCGCUACACGUCUCGACUGGCAGAGACAGAAAGCACAGGGAUGAUUCCAACAAGGAGCAUCAACUUUGAUGUGAACAAACAGAAGAGGGAGCUCAUCGCUCAGCUGGAGUGUAAAAACAGAGAGAUCUUGGCAGAAAUCAAACAUCUCCRUGCCGAGCAUGACGCAGCGUGUCAGCCGAGCCCAGAGCGGUGCAGCACCAACCCGGCUCUCCUCGCCGAGCUGCGGCAGCUCCGACAGAGGAAAGACGAACUGGAGCAGAGGAUGUCGUCUCUGCAAGAGAGCAGGAGGGAGCUGAUGGUGCAGCUGGAGGGGCUGAUGAAGCUGCUCAAGGAUGAGGAACAGCGACAGGCAGCGCAGGCGGCCGGUUCUUCUCACGCCUCCCCGUCUCGACCCAGCCCGUCCGCCAUCCGCCCGGUCGGCGCUCCGUCUCCUCACGCUCACAUGUACCUCCCUCAGGACUCCCUCGCCGGGGUCGGAGGUGACGUACAGGAGGCCUUUGCUCAAGGGUCGAGGAGGAACCUGAGGAACGACCUGCUGGUCGCCGCCGACUCCAUCACCAACACCGUGUCGUCGCUGGUCAGAGAGCUGCACUCCGAUGAAGGCCGAGAGGAAGAGGAGCGGUUGCUGAAUGGGAAAGACAGAGCAGGUUAAAAAGCUGGCAGGAAACGAUGAACCGAUGUUUCAUUACGGCCAAAGACGACGUUAACGGUCAGCAGAGGGAGGAGUCGAUCUUCUACGCCAAUCAACCAAUCACGAUGCUGGACACCAAACGACCGCCGCGGGUCUCUACUGAUGUAUAGUUGUGAUUUUUGUGUGUUUUUGAUUUGAUCUCGCUUGAUCCAAUGGGGAAUCUGAAACCUGCUGAUGAGUACUGUAGCAUGUUUAUUUGGAGGAGGAAGGAAGUGGAGGAAGUGAGAGGCAGGACGCGUCUGGGAAGGAGUUUUUUUAUGGAUUAGAAAGAUGAUGAAGAAGAAAACUGGAGGACAAAAUGAAAGUUGAAGAAGAGAAAGGUGAGCUGAUAAAGUUUGAGCACUGUGUGCUUCGUAUUUAUUGCUUUGACUUGUUUUUCUUUUUGCCUCGUAUUCGUUCAGUUUGACAGCUUUAUGUGUAUAUGAGAGUAGUCAGAUCCUGCUGAGAUGUUUAAGCUUUAGGGGACUAAAUCCCACCAAGUUCCCACAUAUUGUUGAGAUAAUAAACAAUAAAAUGUACAAAUGUGUAGACGA